UUCUGUUGGACGAGAGAGGCGAGAAAGAGAGAGAGAGAGAGAGAGGUUUACUUAAGCCCACAGAGUACGUUUCAGUCUCUCUACACUGAUAAACACAAAAAAAUAAAAAAUGGGUCGCUGCGUUUUCUCCUCCGACGAUAUCGUAGUGAAGUCUGCGAGUGAUAGGCGAUUAUACAGAGUUAUCCAGCUCGAAAAUGGCCUCACUGCAUUGAUAGUUCAUGAUCCGGAAAUAUACCCAGAUGGUCCUCCCCAACACAGCGAAGCAGAAGAUAUGGAGUGUGAGGAUGAUGAUUGUGAUGGAGAGGAAAGUGAGGAUUGUGAAGAUGAAGACGAAGAAGAUGAAGAUGAUGAAGAAGAUGAAGGUGAGGAGGAUAAUGAAGUGAAAGGGAAGGGAAAAGGAGUUGCUGCUCAGACUAAGAAGGCUGCAGCUGCGAUGUGUGUCGGAGUAGGCAGCUUUUCUGAUCCUUUUGAGGCGCAGGGGCUUGCUCACUUUCUAGAACACAUGCUCUUCAUGGGGAGUACUGAUUUUCCAGAUGAAAAUGAGUAUGAUAGUUACUUGUCCAAACAUGGAGGGUCAUCAAAUGCAUACACAGAAACAGAACAUACCUGCUACCACUUUGAAGUGAAACGGGAGUUUCUUAAGGGUGCCUUGAGAAGAUUCUCUCAGUUCUUCGUUUCACCUUUGGUGAAAAUUGAAGCCAUGGAACGAGAGGUUCUCGCUGUAGAUUCAGAGUUUAACCAGGUUUUGCAAAAUGAUGCUUGCCGCCUUCAACAACUUCAAUGCCAUACUUCUGCACCUGGCCACCCUUUUAAUAGAUUUUUUUGGGGGAAUAAGAAAAGCCUGGUUGAUGCAAUGGAGAAAGGGAUCAACCUGCGGGAACAAAUACUGAAUCUUUUUAAAGAAUAUUACCAUGGUGGAUUGAUGAAGCUAGUUGUCAUUGGUGGAGAAUCUAUUGAUGUUCUUGAGAGCUGGGUCAUGGAAUUGUUUGGUAAUGUUAAGAAAGGACCCCAGGUAAAUCUGGAGUUCAAAGUGGAAGCUCCCUUUUGGAAAGCUGGAAAAAUGUACAGACUAGAGGCUGUUAAAGAUGUCCAUAUCCUUGACUUAACAUGGUCAUUGCCAUGUCUUCGUAAAAGCUAUUUGAAGAAACCAGAAGAUUAUAUAGCACAUCUCCUUGGGCAUGAGGGUCGAGGAAGUUUGCAUUCCUUUCUCAAAGCUAGAGGAUGGGCAACAUCUCUAUCUGCUGGUGUUGGGGAUGAAGGUAUGCAACGGUCAUCUAUGGGCUAUAUCUUUGGCAUGUCUAUACAUCUCACAGACUCUGGCUUGGAAAAGAUUUUGGAGAUCAUUGGCUUUGUUUAUCAAUAUAUUAAAUUAUUGCGUUGUGAUUCUCCACAAGAAUGGAUAUUUAAGGAACUCCAGGAUAUCGGGACCAUGGAAUUUAGAUUUGCAGAGGAGCAGCCUCAAGAUGAUUAUGCUUCUGAACUAGCAGAGAAUUUACAAAUUUAUCCACCAGAGCAUGUUAUAUAUGGGGACUAUGUCUACAAAAUAUGGGAUGAAGAAAUAAUAAAAUAUGUUCUUGGUUUCUUCACGCCGGAAAACAUGAGGAUUGAUGUGGUAUCAAAGUCCUCCAUUAAGUCAGAUGGUUUGCAAUGUGAACCUUGGUUUGGAUCACAUUAUACUGAGGAGGAUAUUUCACCGUCUUUGAUGGAUUUGUGGAGGGAUCCUCCUGAAAUUGAUGUUUCAUUACAUCUGCCUUCAAAGAAUGAGUUUAUUCCUUCUGAUUUUUCCAUCCGUGCUGAUAAUGCAUGUGAGGAUCUUGCUAACAUAGAUUCUCCAAGAUGUAUACUUGAUGAACCAUUAAUGAAGUUCUGGUACAAGCUUGAUCGCACUUUCAAACUUCCUCGAGCAAAUACGUACUUUCGCAUUAGUUUGAAGGGUGGAUAUGGUAGUGUGAAGAGUUGUGUCCUGAUGGAAUUAUAUGUCCUUCUUCUUAAGGAUGAGCUGAAUGAGAUUAUAUAUCAGGCAAGUAUUGCCAAGUUGGAAACUUCUGUAUCUGUUUUUGGUGAUAAACUGGAGCUGAAGAUCUAUGGUUUCAAUGAUAAGCUUCCAGUUCUACUGUCCAAACUUCUGGCAACAUUCAAAAGUUUCUUGCCAACUAGCAACCGUUUUGAGGUUAUUAAAGAAAAUAUGAAGAGAACGUUGAAGAAUAGUAAUAUGAAGCCCCUGAGCCAUUCAUCAUAUUUGAGGUUGCAAGUUUUGUGUCAGAGCUUUUAUGAUGUUGAUGAGAAGAUGCAAGUUUUGAAUGACUUGUCUGUUACUGAUCUAACGGCAUUCAUUCCAGAACUUCGUUCCCAGCUAUAUGUUGAGGGCAUUUGCCAUGGCAAUUUAUUGGAGGGGGAAGCAAUUAGCAUCUCAAAUAUAUUUAAAGUAAAUUUUCCUGUAAAACCGCUCUCAUAUGAAAUGAGACAUGUAGAACAAGUUAUCUGUCUUGCUCCUGGUGCUAAUAUUGUUAGAGAUGUCAGUGUAAAGAAUAAGAUGGAAAAGAACUCUGUGGUUGAGCUUUAUUUCCAAAUUGAGCAGGAUUUGGGGUUGGAGUCCAUUAAAAUGAAAUCAUUGGUAGAUCUUUUUGAUGAAAUUGUAGAAGAACCGCUAUUCAAUCAGCUACGGACAAAGGAGCAGCUUGGAUAUGUUGUUGAGUGUAGCCCACGGAUAACAUAUCGUAUUUUUGGAUUUUGUUUCUGUGUCCAAUCAGCUGAGUAUAGCCCAAUCUAUCUGCAAGGGAGAAUUGACAACUUCAUAGAUGGUUUGGAAGAACUGUUGGAAGGGCUUGACGAUAAUUCCUUUGAGAAUUAUAAGGGCGGGUUGAUGGCAAAGUUAUUGGAGAAAGAUCCAUCACUCACAUAUGAAACCAACAGAUUUUGGAACCAGAUCAUUGAUAAAAGAUACAUAUUUGACUUGUCAAAGAAAGAAGCAGAAGCACUGAAAAGCAUUCACAAGAACGAUGUAAUUGACUGGUAUAAAUUGUAUUUGCGACAAUCAUCUCCUAAUUGUAGGAGACUUGUGAUCCGGGUGUGGGGUUGCAACACUGAUAUGAAAGAUGCUGAGACACAAACAAAGUCUACGGAAACCAUUAAAGACCUUGCAGCCUUCAAGGUGUCUUCUAUGUUCUAUCCAAGCUUGUGUUGAAAAAUUACAGACAUUGUUAAACAUGUGAUACAAAUUUGACUGUCAGAAUCAUUAAAGGCGUUGAUUUUGACAAUAGGGCUUUAGCUAGGUGGGUUCAGAAUUUAUUUGAACGCCUAGGGAGAGGAGUUACCAUUAAAAACACUGGCACAAAAUAUUGAGUUACGGUUACAUUUAAAUUUUUUGAAUUAAUAAUAAGUGGAUUGGUGAUUUGAUUA